AUGACCGAGUUUACUAGCAUAUACAAGCAACGAUUGCCAGCAUCCCUGAUGCUUUCAGCGACUACUUCACAGCAUACAUCGACUCCGUCUGGACGGAAUGCACCACGAACACAGAAGCCGCAGCUGCCAACGUCGCAUGCACGGUCCAAGGCGAUCUGCUCGCUUGCGAGGGCGACAACAGCGAAAACACUAAGCCGACUGCUGGUAACAUCUUCGGCCGCAAAUCAGGGCCCUACCUCCGCCAUCGAGGCUGACGACAAUGACGUCCACCGUGCUAUCGGCUCUCGGCUGUGCGCAGCAUUCAACCGCACGACUCUGAUGAUGACGGGAGGCAACACGAAGCCCGGCCUCUCUUCCACCAGCUAG